GCACGUUCGGCUCCAUACACAUAUAUAUACUGCAUACAGAUGUCCCCGCGCGUGCAGUGCGCUAGUCUUUUAGACGGCAGAGCAGAAAGCUCAAAGCAGAAACACGCGCUUGUCUGCUGCUGGAGUUCCAAGUUCCAAGUGAUGUUGCUCUCUCAUUUACUUAUUUGUUGUUAUAUUUUUUAAGUGUAAAAGGUACAUCGACUGACUUGUUGAUUUCAAGUGUUAUUUCGUCGAGACCGAAACACGGAGAAUUUCGUAAAAUACUGCACAAUAAAAGCGUUGACGCACAAAAAUAUGGAAACAAUUAUCGCCUGAAAGUUUGUAACCGAGGAAAAAAAAAAUCAAGUUGUUAGAUAAAAUAAAAGUGGUUUCGGACUAAACGCAUAAUAUAACAGCCAACACCAUGAUUGUCGAUGACAAGAAAGAAAUGGAUAGUUUCUGGAUAACCGGUGCGAUCCAAGCGAUCAAGGCGGUGUCGUACGUGUGCGACCUGUUCACCUAUCCGGUGUACCUGCUGCUGCACAAGCCCUGGGAAAAGAAAAAGGCGUCGCGCCGGGUGAAAGCCAAGCCCGUGCACAGGGACGACGACAAGAGCGUCGUGUACAGAAAUGUCGAUCCGAUCGGCUCGAUGCACGCGACCCUCGUCAGAGAAAAAAUCGAGACCCUCGAGGCAAUGCUCAGAUGGGUGGCCAGUGUCCACGGUAACAAAAAGUGCCUUGGCACCAGGCAAAUCCUCGCCGAAGAGGACGAGGUCCAGCCCAACGGCAGGAUCUUCAAAAAGUACAAAAUGGGCGACUACAGAUGGAAGAGUUCCAAGGAGGUCGAAGCGCUGGCGUGCAGCUUCAGUCGCGGCUUGAAGGACCUCGGCCUGACGGCGCGCAAGAACAUUGUUAUAUUCGCCGAGACGCGGGAGGAGUGGAUGAUCGCGGCUCACGCUUGUUUCAAGCAGAACCUCACGGUCGUCACGAUAUACGCGACCCUCGGUGACGACGCCAUCGCCCACGGGAUCAACGAGACCGAGGUUGACACCGUCAUCACGAGUUUCGAGCUCCUGCCCAAGUUUAAAAAUCUAUUACGGAAAGUACCUGAAGUCAAGAACAUUAUUUUCAUGGAGGAUCAGCUCAAGCAAGCCGAUGUCACGGGCUUGAAGGAAGGCGUGCGCGUGAUUCCGUUCCAAGAGGUGAUCAAGAGUGGCAGCUCAUCGACCGCCGAGUCCGUGACACCGAAGGGAGAAGACACGGCUAUUAUCAUGUACACUUCCGGCUCGACGGGUGUGCCCAAGGGCGUGCUGCUGUCCCACAAGAAUGUCAUCGCUACCCUGAAGGCCUACUGUGACGCCGUAAAUAUCAGAGACGACGACGUUUUCAUGGGUUUUUUGCCCCUCGCUCACGUUUUUGAACUCCUGUCCGAGAGCGUUUGUCUCCUGAAUGGUGUGCCCAUUGGGUACAGCUCGCCUUUGACGAUGAUCGAUUCGAGUAGCAAGAUACAGAAGGGCUGCAAGGGCGACGCCAGUGUUUUGCAUCCGACUUGCUUAACGGCCGUGCCCCUCAUUUUGGACAGGAUUUCAAAGGGCAUUAAUGAAAAAGUGAAAAAGUCCGGGCCCUUUAGGCAGGCCAUUUUCAAGUUUGCCUAUGAAUAUAAGUUGAAAUGGACCAAGCGAGGUUUCGACACGCCGUUGUGUGAUAAGUUCAUCUUUGGAGCCGCUAAGCAAGUGUUGGGCGGCCGCGUAAGGGUGAUUCUUUGCGGUGGUGCUCCUCUGAGUCCUGAAACGCACACGCAAGUCAAGCUGUGCUUAUGCGUCACUGUGAUUCAAGGCUACGGGUUGACGGAAACUUGUUCCUGCGCAACUGUCAUGGACCCUUAUGAUAGAAGCACUGGAAGAGUUGGUGCUCCCACAACAGCUUGCGACAUUUGUCUAGAAAACUGGGAAGAAGCUGGCUACAGAGUGACGGACGUUCCAAAUCCACGAGGUGAAAUCGUCAUUGGUGGAGAAAAUAUAUCGGCUGGCUAUUACAAGCUUGCCGAAAAGUCAAAGGACUUUUUCUUCAAAGAUGGCAAGCAAUGGUUCAGAACGGGCGAUAUUGGUGAAGCUCAUCCAGAUGGAUCCAUCAAAAUCAUUGAUAGAAAGAAGGACUUGGUAAAACUUCAAUUGGGAGAAUACGUGUCCCUUGGUAAGGUGGAGGCUGAAUUGAAAACGUGUCCGUUAGUCGAAAAUAUUUGUAUUUAUGGAGAUCCUAGUAAAGAUUACACUGUAGCCUUAAUUGUACCCCACCAUGUUCACCUUGAAGAACUUGCUUCAAAACAUGGAAUUACCUACUCGUCGUUUGAAGAUUUAUGUAACAAUUCAGAGAUAGAAAAAUUAGUUUUGAAUGUUUUAGUAGAUUAUUCAAAAAAAUGUAAUUUGCUUAAGUUUGAAGUACCGGGAGCUGUAAAACUGGUAACAGAGACAUGGUCGCCUGACAUGGGCCUCGUCACUGCUGCAUUUAAACUCAAGAGAAAAGCAGUUCAGGAACGCUAUCAGCAUGAGAUAAAUCGUAUGUAUGCAUCGUGAUGCUACCAGGAGGUACGCGCAAAAAAGACUAAUGCACAGCAGAACUGAACAACAGAUGUUUUCAAAUUUUUCACCAAAUCAAUCGUUGUUCUCGAUGGAUACAAAUCUUUUGCAAAGUGGGAUUAAACGUCGUCAUUGCGGGAGAAAUAUUUUUUGCGCAAGAUAUAAUAGAGAGGUAUUUCGCAAUGGCCGAUGCACGCUAUCUCUAAAACGGGUAAUCUGAGUCUGUAAAAGAUUGAUAAAAAAGGACAAAUCGAUACGGUACUUUCUCAAAUUCAAACGGUCAAUCCUAGAAAGUAUGGAGAGCUCUGUCAAAGUAAAAAUAAAUUUUUACACCAAAAUCUAACUUUGAACGAGCAGUAUGCCUAAAUGUCUUCCUAGAUGUUUCGAAUGGAACCCUGGGUGUAACGUUAUUGUCAUUGUAACAAAAAGCAAAUUGCAAAUAACUUAAUUUGCACUAUGUAUAUAUGUGUACUACAUUAGCUACUGCAUAUUAUACAUAUUACAAAUACUUUAAAUUGAUUUACAUUAUUGAUUUUAAACAUUUGAUUAUGACUGUUUUACAAUUUGUGAUUUAAUGGCGUCAUCAUACAUCAUGAGAAACAAAUAUAAUUGUUAGUUGUAAAAAAGAAAAUAUUCUUGUUAAUAAAAAAAAGCUCUACGUAUGUAAUGUACAACCAAAUGUAAGCAACUGUUUUUAAUGUUGCAACAGAACGUAUAAGAUGACUGUGUCAUUUUAGUUUUUAGAUUUUUAAAUAUUAAAUAAUUUACAAUGUAAGUCUCAAACAAAACAUUGCGCACAUGCAUGUGUAUAUUGUAAACUAUCAAGGAGUAUGAUUGUGUAAAUUUAAAUCACAAAUGGCUUUAAAUUUCGAUAAAUGUUGAAUUUUUUAAUUAAAACAAUAUUCGAAUAUAAUGUUAAAGAUUUAUAAAAUGGCCUACAGUUGUAAUAUAAAUGACUGUUUAUGUGAAAUGUCUGAAAUACAAUUUGAAAACAAAACUACAA